GUGCUUCAUCUGCUCCUUUUUAAUUAACACGCCUUCUAAUCAUCUCCACCAAAAUGCCUCCUCUCUCUCUCUCUCUCUCUCUCUCUCUCUCCUCUGCUGAAAUUUCCUCGGGACGGUGGUUGAGACCAGUUUCUAUCCGUAAUUUACCUCCCGUUGGCCGGACGGAUUCACAGAGGCGCUAGUAGUGAAUCGACUUUUUUACCACGUGAAAUCCUCCGUCGUCACUGUCGUUGAGUAUUCAAUUGUCUCCGAUCGAUUUUUUUACUCCUGAAAAAUCAUGUCUUUGUUUGUUUAUGGCGCUGUUGGAUUAGGUACACAAGUCUGGAUGUCAUUAUUGUGAUGAUCUUCUCGCCCCAGUUGACCUCCCUACGCUCGGCGAUUUGUUUUUGGGGAAAAGGUGGCGGGUGACGAUCCAGCUAGGAAGCUUUUUAGGGGUUUUUUUUUUAAAAAAACUUUUCGGCGGUGUUUCCUGCUCUGGAGUAACAAGGAGCGGGUCAAUGGCAGACGAGAGAGAGUUGUUGGGUUUUCUCGUAGCUCUGGACUACAAAAGGAGGAGGAUCGUUUGGAUUUGCUUCUCUGAGGAUUGUAGAUGAGAGAGAUGGGCGACGAGACUGGAAGCGAGUUCAAGCGGAUUUGCGUCUUCUGCGGAAGCAACUCCGGCAACCGAACCGUCUUCAGCGAUGCGGCUGUGGAGCUGGGCCGUCAACUGGUAAAGAAGAGAAUCGAUUUAGUUUAUGGAGGUGGAAGCGUGGGAUUAAUGGGGCUGAUUUCCCAGACAGUUUUUGAUGGUGGAUGCCAUGUUCUUGGGGUCAUUCCUAAAGCUCUUGUUCCAAUUGAGAUUUCAGGGGAAACAGUAGGUGAGGUAAAGGUGGUUUCUAAUAUGCAUGAGAGAAAAGCUGUGAUGGCUGGACAAGCUGAUGCAUUCAUUGCACUUCCUGGAGGAUAUGGAACAAUGGAAGAGGUGAUGGAGAUGAUAACAUGGUCACAACUUGGAAUUCAUAAUAAACCAGUUGGUUUGUUAAAUGUUGAUGGCUACUACAAUUCCUUGCUUGAACUAUUUGACAAUGGAGUGAGAGAAGGUUUUAUUAAGCCGGCUUCUAGGCACAUCGUUAUUUCUUCUCCGAAUGCAACUGAAUUGCUUGCGAAAAUGGAGCUAUACACUCCCUUGCAUCAAGAGGUUGUUCCAAGGCAGAGCUGGGAGGUUGUGAAUUUAUGACUAUAUCUAGGGAUCAAAUUCGUUUGCUGUUGUUUUCAAUAAGUUUCAGUAUCACAUAUUAUUCUUUCCUUGAGUCUGUUUCUGGGGAACCUCAUGGCUCUAAAAGUUGUUCAUCAAGAAUUGCAAUCCCUUGUGACAUUUUCAGUAAAUGCAAUAUCAGUGUCUUAUUAUUA